AGUAAACACAUGAACCGCAAUUUAUGAAGCAUCAAAAGGAGGAAACAAAAAAGAACAAGAAAAACAGUGGCCAGUUUUGUUGAGUAUGUUCUGUUCAACUUGAACCGUUGAAGCUCUCUGUCUUGCAGCAAUUCCAUCCCAAAAAUGGUGUUUUCUGCAGUGUUCUCUCCCACUCUGAACCUCUCAGUGUCUUCCACCACCAACUGUUGUAGAAGAAGACCAUUAUCCACCACCACCACCAGAGUGACUAUCAGAGCUAGCUCCACAGAGAAGGGUGAAUCCAAGGACAAUGAUUCCCCAGCAUUCAACCCUUUUGGCUUUGUCACUGACAACCCGUCAAGCAGAAGUGCUAUUCAACUUCCUGAAAACCCUGCUGAGGAUGGCAACGUUGGACAAAUGCUAAAUAGGACUGAAGGCAAGGGAAAGGAUUUCGGGUCAUAUGUUAAAUCUGGGAAGUUGAGAUGGUUUGUGAGAGAAACUGGAUCAGCAGAAAGCAGAAGAGGAACAAUCGUCUUCCUUCAUGGGGCCCCAAUGCAAUCUUUUGGUUACCGUGUUGUUAUGUCUCAGUUGGCAGAUGCAGGGUUCCACUGCUUUGCACCUGACUGGAUUGGAUUUGGUUUCAGUGACAAACCACAGCCAGGAUAUGGUUUUAAUUACACAGAAAAGGAGUUCCAUGACGCCUUGGAUAAUCUGCUUGAGGUGUUGGAGGUCAAAUCUCCACUUUUCCUAGUUGUUCAGGGAUUUCUUGUAGGCUCAUAUGGACUGACUUGGGCCCUGAAGAACUCAAGCAGGAUAUCAAAGCUAGCAAUACUAAACAGUCCAUUAACAGUUUCAUCUGUCAUUCCUGGACUAUUUCAGCAGCUAAGAUUUCCUCUACUUGGUGAAUUUACAUCCCAGAAUGCUAUUAUUGCUGAGCGGUUUAUUGAAGCAGGUAGCCCUUAUGUUCUAAAAAAUGAAAAAGCUGAUGUGUACCGACUACCUUAUUUGUCAAGCAGUGGACCUGGAUUUGCUCUUCUUGAAGCUGCAAGAAAAACUAACUUCAAAGGUACUUUCAGUGAAAUAUCAGAAGGAUUUGCAACUGGAAGAUGGGAUAAACCAGUAGUGCUUGUUUGGGGAAUAUCAGACAAGUACUUGCCCCAGUCUGUGGCAGAAGAGUUCCAAAAAGGAAACACAGAACACAUCAAGCUUAAAUUGAUAGAAGGAGCUGGGCAUAUGCCACAAGAGGACUGGCCUGAGAAAGUUGUUGAGGCUUUGAGGUUCUUCUUCUGAUUCAGCAACUUUCUGAUUGAAAGGGCAUUCCUGAGUUCUUUCUGAAAUUGUAAAUUUAGUGUCUCAAUUUUUUUACACUGGGCAACUAAUAAAAUUCUGGUCUUGUUGAAAUGAAUCUGUUCUCCAUGCCCUAAUAGAAAAUGAAAUGACCAGGUAGCUUUAGCAGAAAUGACAUAAUAUUAUCCUUCAUUCCUUUUUUUUUUAUUCAAAUUAAGGAUGAGUAAAUGUA